AUGUUUCGCUCGAGCAUGACGCACCUGCAGGCGACGUCCCGCGUGUUCAUCGUGGGCGGCCACAUCACCCCGUUCGUGGGCAAGGGCAGCAAGCUCUUUGUUGACAAGAAGCAUCCAGACUUUGGCAAGAAGCAAAACAUGACACUCGAGGAGAUUCUCGCCACGACGGUGCAGCAUACGAUAGAGAACGUUAGCCUCAAGGGCAAGGAGGACAUUGUAGACCAAGUGGUUGUCGGCAACUUCCUCGGCGAGCUCUUCUCGAGCCAGGGUCACCUCGGCCCGGCGGCGAUCGGCAGCCUCACUUACGGUCAAGCCGGUGCGAAGAACCCGCUAAUCUACAAGCCUGCCAUGCGUGUCGAGGGCGCGUGCGCGUCUGGUGGUCUUGCCGUCAUAUCGGCGACGAACGCCCUCAAGGCCGGCUCGGCUGACAUCGUCCUUGCCGUUGGUGUCGAAGUGCAAACGACGGCCACCGCGCGCGUUGGUGGCGACUACCUCGCCCGUGCCGCGGACUAUCAGCGGCAGCGCAAGCUGGACGACUUCACAUUUCCGUGCCUGUUCGCCAAGCGCAUGAAGUACAUUGCCGAACACAACCAUUUCACUAUGGAGGAUACGGCGCGCGUGGCGGCCAAGGCGUACGCCAACGGCAACAAGAACCCGCUCGCCCACAUGCACACCCGCAAGCUAUCGUUCGAGCAGUGCAACGGCGAGGACCCGAGCAACGUGAAGUUCCUCGGCAACGAGACCUACAAAGAGUACCUCCGCAUGACGGACUGCUCGCAGGUGAGCGACGGCGGUGCCGGCGCCGUGUUGGCCAACGAGGAGGGCCUUAAGAAGAUGGGCCUCAGCCCGAACGACAGCCGCCUCGUCGAGAUCAAAUCGAUCGCUUGCGCCGUGAGCAACCUUUACGAGGACCCCGAUGAUGCGUGCUGCAUGUUCACCUCCCGCCAGGCGGCGCAAAAGGCGCUGUCGAUGGCAAACGUAAAGCCGUCGGACCUCAACGUCGCGGAGGUGCACGACUGCUUCACGAUUGCCGAGAUGCUCAUGUACGAGGCGCUCGGGAUUGCCGACUACGGUCACGCGAAGGACCUCAUCCGCAACGGUGAAACAACGCUCGAGGGCCGCAUCCCUGUCAAUACUGGCGGCGGUCUCCUCUCCUUUGGCCACCCGGUCGGCGCCACCGGCAUCAAGCAAGUCAUGGAGGUCUACCGGCAGAUGAAGGGGCAGUGUGGGGCGUACCAGAUGAAGAAGAUCCCGGCCCUCGGCGCGACGCUGAACAUGGGCGGUGAUGACAAGACCGCUGUGUCGGCGGUGCUGCAGAACAUCUGA